AAGACUACGAUCAAGGUAAGCAAAGACUACGACAAAGGAUAGCAAAGAUUACGACAAAGGUAAGCAAAGACUACGACUAAGGUAAGCAAUGACUACGACAAAGGAUAGCAAAGAUUACGACAAAGGUAAGCAAAGACUACGACAAAGGAUAGCAAAGACUACGACAAAGGAUAGCAAAGAUUAUGACAAAGGUAAGCAAAGACUACGACAAAGGAUAGCAAAGACUACGACAAAGGAUAGCAAAAAUUACGACAAAGGUAAGCAAAGACUACGACAAAGGAUAGCAAAGACUACGACAAAGGUGCCGAUCAGUAUGCAGACCUUUGUUACAACAUUCCUGUUAUGUGUGUGUCUAGUUGAGUCGUCACAUCAUCAUUACCCGGAGGGGUCCAGUAAUGACCAUGAUUGGGACAUCUUCACCUUUACACAGGAGUGGCCAGUCGCCGUCUGUGUCCUCGGUACUAAGGAGCACCACCGCUGUGCGAUCCCACCUGAUGUCCGCACCUGGGGAAUCCAUGGGCUCUGGCCGACAAAAACGGGAACACGGGGUCCAACGUCUUGUAACAGCCAACUUCAUUUCGAUUUUCGUCGUAUCCAGUCAUUGGUGCCAAUGAUGAAAGUGUUGUGGCCGAACAUGUAUGCUGAUACCAGUAUGGAGAGUUUCUGGGAACAUGAGUGGACAAAACACGGGACAUGUGCCUCUUCCCUUGCUGCCACCAGUAACGAGGCCAUGUACUUCCAAAAGGCGCUCGACCUCGCCGGAACCUAUGGUGUAUCACAACUCCUUGCAAAAGAAAAUAUAGUCCCAAGUACAUCACGGACGUACAGACUGGAGGAAAUCGAGGUUGCGCUGACUCACCAGUUAGGUGCCAGAGCCAAAGUCGAAUGUACUAAAGACGAGAGAACAGGUAAAAUGAUGCUUUACGAGGUGGAAAUAUGCUUAGACAAACAAUUCAACCCAGUCGACUGUUAUCAGCCAAACGGAAGCAGCGAUUACCAUAGUGACUGUCCAAAUUCUGAUCUGGAGUAUCCUCCCCUGGCCACCAGUGGAUUUAUAUCUCCCAUCACAGGGGUAAAUCGUCUUCUAGGACCAAUGAUUGAAUAAGCUCUAGCCAGCGAUGGCAUUGUAUUCUUGACUUUAAUAAAAAGAAAAUUCUAGAAAAUAAAA